AUGCUAUCCAUUAUUAAAUUUUAAUAUUCAAGAAGAAAAGAGCAUUUGGAGCAGUUUGAGAAGGAAGAAGCAGCAAGACUAAGAGAAAGAUACCAAUAAACUAAAGCUCAAUACUCAGUGGUGUCAGAUUUUAUAAAAAUCAUCAAAUGGAAGGCCUUGAAAUAUGCAAUCUUUGCAUUUGGGGCAUAUUUUGCAUAUCAAAUGUAUGAUACUGCAGAUAUAUACUUUGACAAAAAAAUAAGGAUUUUACCAUUAAAAGCAUAAUAUGAAAGGCCUCUAGCAGAUACUACAAUUAAUCUAUUGUAAUUAGAAAAAAACCUUGAAAUGGAUUCUGAGUUGGCUGAGAAAGUCAAACCUUAUACUUUAUUCGUUUUGGAUGAAAAUUAUCCUAUUUUUACUUUGUUUCCUAAUGAUGUUAUAGUUGCAAACAAGAAAUUGUUGCGAUAAGUUAACUCUUAAUAAAUUUAAUAAUUAAUAUAAUUUUGCAAAACUCACAAUGAAUUGAGGACAUCUUGCAAUUUAUUGGAUUUAAAAUACAUACCAACAUUGACUUUUAUGAAACUUAGAAGUUUUAUCAAUUUAAAGAAGAUGAAUCAGAUCGUAUUAGCAAGAGAAUACUUCUUUUUGCCAGUUCCAGAAGAGUUGGAAAUUUAGAAUGAAGAAAUUUAACGCUUAAUGAGAUAAUAUAAAAAUGUUGAAUAGGGUCCGCUUUCAUUUAUUUUAUAACAUUAAUAUAUUUUAUGA